AUGGUCCUAUUCACAUGUGCAACAACACGGGCCAUUCAUAUUGAACUUGCAACUGACAUGUCCACUGGCAGAUUUUUUAUGGCCGUGCAACGCUUUGCAGGACGUAGGAGCCUACCAGUCACUGUCUACUCAGACAAUGCUACAACAUUCCAUGCAGGCAACUCAGAACUGGCAGAGCUUUUCAAAACCAUGCAGCAUACUGACGUACAGCUCUACUGUGCCCACCAUGGAAUCACUUGGAAAUUCAUACCACCACGUGCGGCUUGGUGGGGAGGCUGGUGGGAACACAUGAUAGGCUCAGUCAAUCGCUGCCUGAGGAAAGUUCUUGGUCGCUCCCAGGUGGAUGAAGAGAGCUUAAACACCACCUUGAUCAGCAUAGAAGCCGCAAUAAACUCACGACCCAUCACUCAAGGAGAGAGCGACACUGCAUUGACGCCAGCCCACUUUCUAAAUGGUGGGAAAUUAGUAACAAUUCCAUGUGGGCCAGAGCCAGCAACUAGAAAGGACCUUGCCAAGGAGUUCCAACUCAGACAAAAGAUCAAUGACGACAUCUGGCGCAGGUGGAAGACAGAAUACCUCCUGCUGCUAAGACAAUAUCAUGAGGUGAAGGGAUACCCUUCGCAGAGGAAACCGAGCAUUGGAGAGGUUGUUCUGCUCCAAGAAGACAGCAAACCACGGCACUUGUGGAAGAGGGCUGUGGUAGAAGAAGUGCGGCAUGGCAGAGACAGUAAAAUACGGUGCAUCAUCCUCCGCCAGCCAGAUGGUAUGAAGAUCUGUCGACCGGUCCAGCUGGUCAUCCCACUCGAGAUGGACCAGGGUGGGGAGGAUGUCGGGGAAUGA